UGGACCCUCACAGGCAGCACCUGGUGACCCUCAGACACACAAGUCUGAACGAACCGGUCUUCUGAGAGGUUGUGGAGAUGCAUUUGCUCCUUUUCUCCACUAGGUGGAACCAGACACCCUCCGCGCCUAAAGAUUGGCCCUUGUCCUGGUUUUUGUUUGUUUCACACCUGUCAGUAAGCCCCAGCGCACGUGCAGCUGGGUCAGAAAACACUAGCUGGAUAGAAAAAGAUGCGUUUAACCCCUGAAGCUCAGAAAAUGAGCUCUCGAGAUUAGAUUAACCUGCAGCAGGACACCGAUUCUAUUCUCAGAAACGCCACGGCGCCAUCAUUCGUGUCCCAGUUCCCACUGAGCGGGGCAGCGCAGCAUCCCAGCAGACUCCGCCGUCGGGAUGCGUCCGCAGACGCAGCCGGAGCCGCGGACGCGUCUCUCCUCUCUGAUGCCUGGCUUUUGGAGAGAUCACACGCACAUGGAAGCUGUGGAUUUGUGUUGUGGGGCCUGGACGCGCUCUGGAUGGAUGGAUCCGGCGCUGUAAACACAGCUGAUACCAGCAACCAGGAUUCCUGAAAUGACUGUUCAGGCAGAGGAUAUUCAUCCUGAGAAUUUGGACGAUGUCUUCAUCGCAGUCGCUGCACUUAUGUCAUGUUUCAUUUACCAAGUCAGGGGGCAAGGUUUUGUCACACAGCCUCAAACGUCUUAGCUGUAUUAAUCCAAACAAUGACGGAUGUUUUCUUGGAUACUCAGCAGGAGCCUCCUGGAUUCUCCCCCGGUGGAUUUAACGUAGCAGGACUCUAAAGCACGGCAUAAACCUGCUGUCCCCAACCCCAAACCCAGAUUUAUUCGGGAAUGGAUCCGGUGAACUUCACGACCGUCAUCGACAAUGACUUUCUGGAUGAGAUGCCAUCGAGCCGUAUUCUGACCGGCUGUUUCCUGUCUUUGCUCAUCCUCACCACUUUGCUGGGAAACACGCUGGUAUGUGCGGCUGUCACCAAGUUCCGGCACCUGCGCUCCAAAGUCACCAACUUUUUUGUGAUCUCUUUGGCCGUGAGCGAUCUCUUGGUGGCUGUUUUGGUGAUGCCAUGGAAGGCAGUGACAGAGAUCACUGGGUUUUGGCCAUUUGGCUCCUUCUGUGACACCUGGGUAGCUUUUGACAUAUCAGCGUCCAUUUUGAACCUUUGUGUGAUAAGCUUGGACCGCUACUGGGCCAUCUCCAGCCCCUUUCGCUAUGAAAGGAAGAUGACACCCAGAGUGGCUUAUGUGAUGAUCAGCGUGGCCUGGACGUUAUCCGUCCUCAUUUCCUUCAUCCCCGUGCAGCUCAACUGGCACAAAGCCCAGACUAAGUCUUACAAGGCUCUCUCUGAGUCAUUACUGGGGCCAAACGCAUCAUCCCACCAUAUUCCAGAGAACUGUGACUCCAGCCUGAACAGGACCUACGCUAUCUCCACCUCUCUCAUAAGCUUCUACAUUCCUGUAGCCAUCAUGGUUGCCACGUACACCCAGAUCUAUCGCAUUGCUCACAGACAGAUCAGGAGGAUUUCUGCUCUGGAGCGUGCUGCUGAGAGCGCCAAAGUCAGACACAACAGCAUGGGCAGAGGCUCCAGCAUCGCAGAGUCAGAGACCUCCUUCAAAAUCACAUUCAGGAGGGAGACCAAGGUGCUGAAGACUCUGUCUGUGAUCAUGGGAGUGUUUGUGUGCUGCUGGCUGCCCUUUUUCAUCCUGAACUGUAUGGUCCCCUUCUGCGAGCAGCCGAGCGGAGGUGAGGCUUUCCCCUGCAUCAGCCCCACCACCUUCGACGUGUUUGUGUGGUUCGGCUGGGCAAAUUCCUCCCUCAACCCCAUCAUCUAUGCCUUCAACGCUGAUUUCCGCAAGGCCUUCUCCAUCCUGCUGGGCUGCCACAGACUGCAUCCAGGAGGCCACAACAUAGAGACGCCCAGUCUAAACAAGAAAUGACUCACGCCUCUGACAACACUGACUCAUCCUUUCAUUCCAGGAGUUCCUUUUGCAGCCGGCCGGAAUGACUGCGAAGGACGGAGCUGCUGUUUCUGAGAGAAACGUCUGUGGGACUGAAUGGGGAAAUGUGACACUGUGUGUUGAUGUAUAGCUGAGUGUGAGCGGCUCCUGAGUAAGGAGGAGGGAAUUUAGGAUUGAGAUUAAGACCGUUGUGCUGACAUGGGUCGGAGAUCCCACUGGUACUGACAUGCUGCUAGGUUAGAUAAUCCCAGGGCUGGGCAGUAUGAACUCUGCACUGCUGUCCUCCUUAACAACAUACACAACAGCACACAUCGCCAAAGCAAACUCCAUUUAAUGCAGUUUAACUGCUGAAUGCACUUCAAUCACACAACGGCUCACAGAUAAGCUUUAACACGCCACAUUAAAGUCCUCUGUGAGAACCGUUGAGUGGAACGCAUCAAACCAAACUAUACCCGCAGCGGGAACAAGUGACUUCAUAUCAGACACCCCGAAUUAAAGCGCUAGCUUUGACUGAAGGAAUGCAUAUCACCAGCCGACAGGCAAAGAAAUAUUAGAGUUGUAGGCCUGGUUCACACGGCGAGGGAAUUCUGCAGAUUCUGUCCUUCUGACAACCUCAAGGAUGUUCCCAAUUACUGUAAUGUCUCUAAAAAUUACUUUAUUAGUUAUUCCAGCCUUGUGCCUGGAAGGACAUCAAAACCGCUCCAAUCAUAAAUCAGGAUUUUUAAACAUGUUAGAUUGUCUUGGUCAAAUGUCCAGGGUGAACAAGUUGCCUGUGGAACGUGACAUCCAUCAGACAGAGGUGACAGAAGCCUCCUCCACCAUGUUUGUUUACACCAAAGUCAUGUUUGAUCUCGAGAUCAUUGCAGCCCGUUUCCUGUUUUUCUUACAUAAUGUGAAAUUUAGUUUCCAGUACGAACAGAUAAGAUUUCAUUUACUCCUGUUUGAGCUUUAAGUUAAAGCAGAGAGCCCUGGAGCUGAGGUCGUUCAGGAAGCGACAGCAGGAUGACACAAAGUCAAGAAUGAGGUAAACUUGCCAGAUCAUCAUAAAUGAAGCACCUCAGAAGGCUGGAGACAUUUUACUCUGACAGCUACACGGACGAGGCAACAUGGUGCUUGUGAAACCACCAUUCAUUAAUUAUUAUUAAAAGUCGAGUGUGUUUUAAACCCAAAUUAGCACUGAACAGUGGGAAAUGUUCAUUAGCCCAUCUGUUUCUGGGAAUUACGGCAUUCCAGACAUUUAAACAUAAAUAAUGUUUUAAUUACAAAAAAGCAAAGGUGAGAGAUGUUCCAAUGUCCAGAUGUGUGUUUGUUAGAAAAAUAUUUCAUUACUCACUGGAACAUUGAUCCCAUUCAACAAAUUAACCUCGGCCAAUUGAAGAAAGGCAGCGACUCAGUUUUACAGAUAUUGUGCUGCAAUUAGGUUGUUAGCAGAUGAGAUUAGUCUGUAAUAAAUACGCUACGUGUCCAUAGAUUUAGAGUUUUUGAAACAAUACUUUCAACAAGAGACCAAAAUGACUGCCAGCAGCAGCAGGUAACAUGCAUUCCUCCAAGGAAGGCCGAGUUUUUUGUUUCUCUUCACAGAUAAAAAUAAACACAUUAGAUUAGCUAGAACUGAGUGUGGUGUGUGUGUGGACAUCUGUCUCGUGUUUCUCUGUGGAAGUACAGGUGACCUGUCCAGGUGCUCCACCUAUCUCGCCUCUGUCAGUGCGCCCCAGGGCCGUAGCUCAUCCCCACCAGUGUGUGAAUGUGUGUGUGAAUGGGUGGAUGACUGACUGUGUUGUGAAGCGCCUUGGGGGGUUGUAGAACCCUAGGAAGGCGCUAUUUGGGGCAACGGUGGCACAAGAGUUAAGUGCUCGCCCCGGAAGGUUGCUGGUUCGAGUCCCGCUCAGUCUGUCGCUGUCGUUGUGUCCUUGGGCAAGACACUUAACCCACGUUGCCUGCUGGUGGUGGUCGGAGGGACUGGUGGCGCCAGUGCUCGGCAGCCUCGCCUCUGUCAGUGCGCCCCAGGGCAGCUGUGGCUACAUUGUAGCUCAUCCCCACCAGUGUGUGAAUGUGUGUGUGAAUGGGUGAAUGACUGAUUGUGUAGUAAAGCGCCUUGUGGGGUUAUAGGACUCUAGAAGGCGCUAUAUCAAAUACAGACCAUUUAGCAUUUACUCCGCUGGAGUAAAGUCCAGCCUCCUCCCAAAGGAGAAUGGGAACAACUAAAGAAUGACUCAGCUUGUGUGAUUGUUUCAACUUGUGGAGAUUUCAAAAGGAGUUGUAAUCUAAUACAUCUGAAAAUCUGUAGUGCCACUUAUCAAGUAACACAUUCUGGAGUGAAGCAAUGUUGUUUGUUCCACUUUUUGUUGAUUUAAGGUUUAGAUGAGGACAUUAGCAGCUUCCUU